AGUUCAGGGUACAUUGCCCCUCCCAUUGUGCCCCGCGGGCACACCUCCUCCUGCGGCCUACCGUGUCUAGGCCCCGCCCCUUCCCGCCCACUCUCCUGGCUCGCCGCCUGCUGCACCAGUGCAUUGUUGGUGGAGCUGUGCUUAGUUCUAAGUCUUCGGGGAGACUGUUGGGAACACUCGUAACACCUUGUUCACGCUGCCUUCGAACUGGCCCGGGAUGAUUGUGAGGCCCAGCCUUGGCUCCUUCCGGACUAACUGUGGCUGUGGCGAUGCAUCCUGAGAAUGAAAAACAGCCGGGCCCGACUCCUGGACAAGUAUCGCCGAGUGGGAGAAGCCCCUCGAGGCCUCAUGGCCCAGGAGGUGAUGGAGGCAGAGUGGCUGGCCUUGCAGUCUACACAUGAGAGCCCGUCGGCCCAGAGGUGCAGCGAGAUCUUUGCACAGGUGGAGGACCCUGAAGAACUCACUGUCUUGGAGGAAAUCCAGCAGGAGCUGAUGAGCCAAGAACAAGCCUUCAUUGAGGAGUAUGAAAGGAGUCUGCAGUUUGAUGACAGGUGUCUCAGGGCCCUGCUGGAGGGGCUGCAGACAGACAGGCUCGUUUGUCCAGUGUGUUCAAGGUACAACCUGACUGUGGUGAGAGGCACGGUCCUGUGUCAGUGUGGUCUUCAUCUCUUCUCUCAGGCUCCAGAGCUGACAGAACAGACCUUCCGGGCCCUGUUAGAGGAGAGUGUGAACAGACACAGUGAGUUCUGUGCCCAUAGGCCCGAGUUUUCCGUCACCAGUGGAACAGAAGAAAAUGCCAGUCUUCUCCUGAGCUGUGUGGUGUGUGACACUUUGACAGUGCUCCUCUGAUGGCCUUGGGAGGAUGUCCUUCUGAAUCUUGGAGUCGUGUUUCUAUUUAUUCCUGAGUGUGGGGAGGGGACUGAGGGAAGACAGGACUGACACUGUGCGCUGGAGAGAUCCAAGGGUUUUAUUUCUCGGCAUUCUGUGGUAGUGUACAAAAGCCAGCAGAGGAAGGAAAUAAAGGGUUAGGCAACAUAA